CUGACAAACCCUUAACAACUGUCUGCGAGUCUGAGCCCUGGGUCUCCACACUCCCAGGCCUAUGGUGCAGCAGGAGAGGCAGGAGCGUCACCGGGAGAUUCGGAAGCAUCGUGAACUCUGCCAGGCUAGAGGCAACCGGCCUGGGCACGGUAGCGCCAGGCCCACCUGGCUUCCCGGAGGAAGCGGCGCGCGGAUCUCCUCAGGCGGCCUUCAGUGCCCCCUGAGAACCGGCCUUGGCCUCUGCGUUCCGGCUUCCUACAGGCUCGCAGGACCCAGCGCUGCCCAAGUCCCUACUCUGCGCCUAUUCUUAAGCCAUCAGCAUUUUCCCCGUUCAGAUUAGCCAGCACGUCGAGGUCACCGCUUCCCUCAAACCCCAGGACGAGUCCUCACAGGGUUGCGUGUCCCUCGCGCUACCCCGUCGUCACGCCACGCCCUCCUUUCCGUUCCCCCGGAAGUGCGCUUGCGGGAGCGGAAGUGCUAGCUGACUAUGGUGGGCAGCGGUUCCGCGAUGGUGGGCGGCGGCGGGGUAGGGGGCGGCCUCCUGGAGAACGCCAACCCCCUCAUCUACGAGCGCUCUGGGGAGCGGCCCGUGACCGCGGGCGAGGAGGACGAGCAGGUUCCCGACAGCAUCGACGCACGUGAGAUUUUCGAUCUUAUUCGCUCCAUCAAUGACCCGGAGCAUCCACUGACGCUAGAGGAAUUGAACGUAGUAGAGCAAGUCCGGGUUCAGGUUAGCGACCCUGAGAGCACAGUGGCUGUGGCCUUCACGCCCACCAUUCCGCACUGCAGCAUGGCCACCCUUAUUGGCCUGUCCAUCAAGGUCAAACUUCUUCGUUCCCUUCCCCAGCGUUUCAAGAUGGACGUGCACAUCACGCCGGGGACCCAUGCCUCAGAGCAUGCAGUGAACAAGCAGCUUGCAGAUAAGGAGCGGGUGGCAGCUGCCCUGGAGAACACCCACCUCCUGGAGGUUGUGAAUCAGUGCCUGUCAGCCCGCUCCUGAGUCUGGCUUUUGGCCUCCAGCUUGCACACCGGUAUCCUAGCUUAUGGUCUUGUUUUCUUGAAUCACUGACAAUGAGAAACUAACAUUUUGUAUUAAUAAUAAACUUAAUUUAUAUUCAUUUCCCAGCA